UGGCUUAAUUUUACAGGAAAGGUAAAGGGAAAGUCAAAGUCCCGGUCCAGCCGUGCAGGUCUUCAGUUUCCAGUUGGGCGAAUUCAUAGACUUCUACGCAAGGGCAAUUAUGCUGAGCGUGUUGGUGCUGGUGCCCCAGUGUACUUGGCUGCUGUCAUGGAGUAUCUAGCUGCUGAGGUUUUAGAAUUGGCAGGUAAUGCUGCUAGAGACAACAAGAAGACUCGCAUUAUUCCACGUCAUCUACAGCUUGCCAUUCGCAACGAUGAAGAACUUAAUAAACUGUUGUCCGGCGUAACCAUUGCUCAGGGUGGUGUGCUGCCCAACAUACAGGCUGUACUGCUACCAAAGAAGGCAGAAACUAAAGUUGGGAAGCUAAAAAGCCAGUCCCAAGAAUAUUAGAUGGACGCUUGGAGGUGAUAUAAUGUCUGGAUACGGAAUUUGGAGUGAAGUUCUGGAAGACGUGUGGGUUUUUACCACCUCAGUGUGUUUUAUUAAUGUAUUCACCAUUCAUUUAAUUUGUCAGAGCUGCUGAUAAAUGAGUCAUAAAUAUUUGGCUACUACAGUUACUGGCAAGGUAUAUUGAUUACUUAUUUUGCAUUCAGAUGCAUGCAUAAUUCUUGAAUGUCCUUUACUUAGUUUGAUUUCUAAUACAUGUAUAUGUAAAGAACAUAUACAGGUUAUAUGUAUAAAAUUUUAAAACCUAAUUAAAGUUGCGAUGGCCAAGGCUGCUCUUAAGUAGUCAUUAUAAUAGUUGAACCUUUUCAUGUCUUAAAUUUUCGAAUUUCACAAAGUACAAUUUUUAAUUUAAGUAAUUUCAUACGUGUUUUACUGUCAGACCAGUCGUGUUGUGCUUUUGUAUUAAAUAAAAA